CGUCGCCGUCCGCGUUCCACUUAAUGCGUGUUUGCGCCAGACAAGGCCCAGACCUGACAAACGACCAGAUCAAAUUACUACAUCUCAGUUUGAAUUCUGCUGUCCUGGCUGUCCUCUUCUCGGUUGCAAUUAUCCAGCAUCAAUUUGAGUCUAUCGAGGACUUGUGCCCACUUAUUUCAGGUCAACCUCAAUCCCAGCUGAAGCCAUGUCGCGCGACGAAGAGCUUACCGAGGAUCCCCCUUCGUCCAUCAACCCCUACGAAGUUCUUGGGGUAGAAGAAAAAGCCACGGCGGAUGAGAUCAAGUCAGCAUACAGAAAGAAAGCUCUAAGACAUCAUCCUGACAAGGCGCAAGCAGACCAGAAAGAUGAAGCGAACAAGAAGUUCCAAGAAAUCGCCUUUGCAUAUGCUAUCCUGUCAGAUGAGCGACGACGCCGGCGGUAUGACCUGACGGGCAAUACGUCCGAGACGCUCGACCUAGAGGACGAUGACUUCAACUGGAUGGAAUUCUACCGCGAGCAGUUUUCGAGCAUGGUCGACAGUAGCGCGAUAGAGAAGAUCAAGAAAGAAUACCAGGGCUCUGACCAGGAGAGGCAGGAUUUACUUGCCGCUUUCGAGAGGCACAAGGGCAAUAUGGACCUUGUCUAUGAGACUGUCAUGUUGAGCAGCAUCUUGGAUGAUGAUGAGCGGUUUCGCCGUAUCAUCGACGAUGCAAUUCAGAAGAAAGAAGUGACAGCCUGGGACGAAUAUGUGAAUGAAUCGAAAGUGACGCGGGAUCGAAGGCUAGAAAACGCACGCAAAGAAGCCGCGGAGGCCGAAGAGUUGGCCAAGGACCUAGGCGUGGAGGAUAAACUCAGUGGAAAGGGACGUGGAAAGGGCAAGAAGAAGAAGGCGACCAAAGCAGAUGAUAACGAACUCGCAGCCCUGAUUCAGCAGCGACAGCAGAGCCGGGCUGCAAACUUCUUUGAUGACUUGGAAGCCAAAUACGCUCAACCCAAGAAGGGCUCGGGAAAGAGCAAGAAGCGCCGCGCAGAUGAACCACCGGAAGAAGCAUUUGCGGCAGUUGGAGCUCGAAAAGGCUCAAAGAAGAAGGCCAAGGCCUGAUCUCUGUGUCACUGCCAGAUGGACGAAUGAUUAGUUCCCAUCGUAUUCUUAUAAGACGCUUGUUACUCUCAAUUGAUGUGAAUCUUUUAGCACAGGAGUUUGGGAUUUUUACUGCUGGGUGGAUUAUCUUGGCAGUUAAUGUUUAUGCCCUGUUUCGUUGAUGAUUCGGUGGAUUGGGAAACAGAUCCUGUAUCAUAUCUAUUGAUAUCUCUCAGGUAUUCAGUUGGUUACAUUUUGUCUUCAAAUUG